AAAGUGAGAGACAGUCCAAAUACUCACUUAGUUGGUGAUAGUCGUCCGCGGUACAAUAUUCCGCGGAGUGUGAAAUAUUGAUCGGCUCUAAUUAGCAAUAACACCAAAGAGACUAAAUCCAUUUGAGUUGAUUGAUGGUGAAAAUUGUGUAAAUUGUAUUCUUACACAUCCUGAUUAUUUAUUGCUUUUGGUGGAGAUAGUAUUAAUCCAGAAACAUGCCCGGUGUGGAUUUUGCUGCAAGAGUGCUAUAUUUCUCCGCGUUGUCGGACAUUGUGAGCCGGUGUGAAUGGGGAGCAGCCCCGCCGAAAUUAGUGGAGACAUUCAAUGGUCCAGCGCCAUUCGUGAUCAUUCAUCAUUCCUACAUUCCUGGAGAGUGCCACAACGGCGAUGAGUGUGUCAAGGCGAUGCAGAACAUGCAAGAUUUCCACCAAAACGAACGAGGAUGGAAUGAUAUUGGGUACAGUUUCGGAGUUGGAGGCGACGGAAAUAUCUACAUGGGUCGAGGCUUUUCCGUGAUUGGCGCACAUGCUCCUCGUUACAAUGACAAGAGUGUGGGAAUAUGUUUAAUUGGCGACUGGAGAGAAAAAUUGCCGCCGGAAAAAAUGCUUCGGGCCGUUCGCAAACUCAUCCAGGCCGGAGUGGAGGAGGGCCACAUCGCCAGGAACUACACUCUCCUUGGACAUCGGCAAGUGCGGGACACUGAGUGUCCGGGUCAGAAGCUAUUCGAUGAGAUCAAGACUUGGCCUCAUUUCUCGCCUCAUCCUUCGGGGCCACACGAUAACUAUCAACCCCCCAGUUGAUACCCUUUGAUGUUUCUUUUGCCGAGAAAAUGAGGUCAGAUAUCCAGAGACAGCAAAUAAACUAUGUAUGGAAGAGAUGAAAUAAUGUUUCGACGAGACAUUCUGCAGAAAUUCAGUGAUUUAUUUCGAAUGAGAUAAAACGAUGAAUUACAUCCUGUCACCAUUUAUAACUCUUCGUGAUGGAGUGGAGAUUUUAGGCGGUAUAGUUAAAUUAAAAUCUCCUGGUUGGAGUGGAAUAAAUCAAACAAGA